AUGCCUUUCAUGCCCCAGCAGGUCGACUACACUCGGAGCGGAUGGAAAUAUAAUUUAGCUACGAACUCAGCCGUGACCUCUCCAGCUCCGCCCACGUUCCAGCACAUGGGCACUCUCGAUGGGCUAAUCAUUUUUCUGUCUAAUAUGCAAAAAGACUUGCACGAGCUAAAGGCCAAAAUGGCAGUCAUAGAGGCAAAGUUGGAAUCCGCCCUGAAGAACCUUUCUACAGCACCACUAUCCAUGCCGCCAGCCCAGACGGAGUGCCCUGUUCCGUCGCCCAUGAAGAGCAUGGAAGAAUUUGAUGCCUUCGAGGAGCGCCUCCUAGAUACAAAUUACUGGCAGCAGGCGGUUGCCUUCCUGCGUACGCGGGGAGGGUGGAGGGCGCGAGACUUCAAGGGGCUCAUGAAACCCCUAUUCAACGGCCGUUAUGGGCGGCAGAAUUUCCAGCCUACAAGAGCUUAG